GAUUGGUCAGCUCUGAUGGGCGAGUUGAACUCAAGUGAACUGGACAGUAAAGCUGCAGUGCUGCUGCAGCAUCCGUGCACCUGCAACCGUCUCGUGCAGCUCGCGCUCUCGGCACACAUGGCGCGCGCUCUGGGUUUGGUGGCCGCGGGCGCGUGCGUCCUCGCGCUCGUGGUGGCCUGGGUCUCGUACCGGCUGCUCCGGAACUUCCUGCGGAUGUGGACCGAGCUGAAGCCCGUCCCGAGCAUCGGGGUGGCCUACCCUCUCCUCGGGCACGCGCUCCAGCUCAAGACCAAAGCCGGAGAGUUUUUUUCUCAGGUGGUCGAAUACACGAAUGAGUUUCGGGAUGCUCCGCUGUUAAUGGCGUGGAUCGGACCUGUACCCUUCCUCUUCCUCUACCACUCUGAGACGAUUGAGCCAGUUCUGAAUAACUCAUUGCACAUGGACAAGGCUUAUGCUUAUACGUUUUUGCACCCCUGGCUCGGAACAGGACUGCUGACGAGUACAGGGGAUAAAUGGCGGCGCAGAAGAAAGCUCCUCACUCCCACCUUCCAUUUUUCCAUCUUGACCGACUUCCUGGAGGUGAUGAACGAGCAGGCCGAGGUCCUCGUCGACAAACUUCACAAUCACGCUGGGAAAGGGCCCUUUAACUGCUUCAGCCACAUCACACUCUGUGCUCUCGACAUCAUCUGUGAAACAGCCAUGGGAAAGAAGAUCUACGCACAGAGCAACUACGACUCCGAGUAUGUGCGUGCUGUGUAUCGGAUGAGUGACCUCAUCAGCAAGCGCCAGCGGAUGCCGUGGUUCUGGCCGGACUUUGCGUUCCAGUACUUUGGUGAUGGCAAAGAGCACGACCGCUGUCUAAAGAUCCUGCACUCCUUCACCAAGAGCGUCAUUCGUGAGAGGGAGGAGUAUUUAGUCCGCUACAUGGACUCUGACAGCGAAUCUGAUCAGAAGAAGAAGAGGCGGGCCUUCCUGGAUAUGCUGCUGAAGACAACGGACGAGGACGGGAACAAGAUGACACACCAAGACAUCCGAGAGGAAGUAGACACUUUCAUGUUCGAGGGUCAUGACACUACAGCGGCUGGUAUGAACUGGGCCAUUCACCUGCUGGGGGCUCAUCCUGACAUACAGAGGAAAGUUCAGCAGGAACUGUAUGAAGUAUUCGGUGACUCUGACAGGCCCAUUAACACCGAGGACUUGAAGAAGCUGCGUUACCUGGAGUGUGUGAUUAAAGAGGCGCUGCGUAUCUUUCCGUCUGUGCCGUUCUUCGCUCGCAGCAUCUGUGAAGAUACACAGAUCAAUGGCUACAAGGUGCCUAAGGGUGUAAAUGUCAUCAUACUAACGUACUCACUGCACCGUGAUCCACGAUUCUUCCCCGAGCCUGAGGAGUUUCGUCCUGAGCGCUUCCUGCCUGAGAACACGGUGGGACGAAACCCGUACUGCUACAUCCCCUUCUCUGCAGGCCUGCGCAACUGCAUCGGUCAGCGUUUUGCUCUGAUGGAGGAGAAGGUGAUUCUGGCCUCCAUCUUGCGCUCUUUCAACAUCGUGUCGUGUCAGAAGAGAGACGAGCUGAAGCCACUGGGAGACCUCGUCCUCAGACCUGAGCAAGGCAUCUGGAUCACGCUGGAGAGGAGACGCCACUAACACACACACACACACACACACAGUAACUCAUAAUAAUUCCAGAAGAUGAAUUUAGUAGUUGAUAUGGAAACCACACCUAUAUUAAGUUACUACUUGAAAGAUACUUACUUACUUUUUUCUUCAGUAAACAUACACAUACAGAUAGGUGACAGAGGAACAAAAAAAUAAAGUGUGUUAAUAAGGGGUUGGGCCACCACGAGUCUCCAGAACAGCUUUAGAGCGCCUUGGCAUCAGUUCCACGUGUACUUGAACGAUGAACAGCACUUUAUUCCCUCAGUCGAUGUGUUUUGCUGAUGGUGGUAGAGAGCGUUGUCUGAUACAUCGCUCCAAAAUUCCCUCAUAAGUGAUCAAAUGGCUCGAGAUGUGAUGAACAUGAAGGUCAAAUCAUUCGAUUUACAUCAUGUUCAUCUCCAUCAAACCAUUCAGUGAGCCCUUGUGAUGGGGGCGGAGUCAUCCCUGAAGAGACCACUCCCAUCAGGAUAGAUAUGUUUCAUCAUGGGAUAAACAGGAUCAAUCAGAAGGACUUCACUAAUUCCAGCUGUAUCUAAGAUUGUUUUAAAGAUCAUUUUUCAACAAUGAACCUAAGAAAACAUGCAUUUAUCAUUCAUCAAAUGUUUUAACCCAUUUUUAACCAAUUCAUUCUUAAAGAUUUACUUAAAACAUUUUUUUUAAUGAAUUAUUGACUUUCAGUCUAUAAUUUGGGUAAUAAAGUUGUGAUCAAUCUUACUAAAAAAUAAAGCAAAUAAAAAACUUA